CUAAGAACAUCUCUUUCAAGUACCUCUCUAAACUCUGUAAAUAGUGUUCUAAUCCGGUUUUAUAAUCAACCGGUCAAAUCAAAUUUACCGCCUCUAAAUUCACACCCAACCCAACUCCCUCUUGCCAAACACCCUCUUGGUCUACAACAGUCUUCAAGAUUGCCAAACCAAUCUUCCUUCUUCCCCUCUUCCUCCCUAGGAAUGUCCAACGUAGUGGUGGUUUUCGAUUUUGAUCGAACAAUAAUCGAUGGCGAUAGCGACAAUUGGGUGGUUACGCAAUUGGGUCUUACACCUUUAUUCGAUCUUCUUUUUUCCACUAUUCCAUGGAACUCUCUCAUGAAUAGAAUGAUGGAAGAGCUUCAUUCACAAGGGAGAACUAUUAAAGAUAUUAAAGAGUGUUUGGAGCAAAUGCCAUUAAACCCUAAUAUUAUUUCGGCAAUUAAAUUUGCUCAUUCUAUGGGGUGUGAUUUGAGGAUUGUAAGUGAUGCAAAUCAGUUUUUUAUCAAGACAAUCUUGGAACAUUAUCAAAUAUUUGGAUUAUUUACUAAAAUUAUAACGAAUCCGACUUUUGUUGAUGAUGAAGGAAGGCUUAAGAUUUUGCCAUAUCAGGAUGACAAACUAUCUCCUCAUGGUUGUUCACUUUGCCCUUCUAAUAUGUGCAAGGGAAUGAUUUUGAGUCAUAUACAAGCUUUUGCUCGAGAAAAUGGGAAGAACACAAUCAUCUAUGUCGGGGAUGGGGGAGGUGAUUAUUGCCCGACUUUGAAUCUAGGUGAAAAUGAUCAUGUCAUGCCCCGAAAGAAGUAUCCCUUGUGGAGGCGCAUUGUCGGCAACCCUUCUCUAGUCAAGGCUGUUGUUCAUGAUUGGAGUGACGCGGAAGAGCUCAGAGCUAAACUUCUCCAUCUUUUAAGUUCACAAGCUCCAUGACGACUGCAGACACAACCUGAUAGAAUCACGAUCCUACCGAUUCUAACCAAUCCUAACAAUUCUAUGACUGGUUCUACUUUAGAAUCAUCCUAACACUGAUUCAACUCGAUUAGAGUAAUUUGAAUUGUAGAUCGUUUAAUUAUACGAUUUGGAUCGCAAUUCUAAUAACAUUGGAUAGCACUAUAGGAGAAUAUUGAUUGGGUUGGUGUCCUGUGGGCUUUGAAUGCCUUAGACACUUUAUUCUAACAGUUACAAAUGUUUGUACUCUUAACUUCAAAGUAUUAUUAGAAUGAAUGUUUUUUGUUCUUUCUGUUUACUUUUAUACAAUUUUC